AUGUACAUUACGUUACAGCUGUAUUGAACUAACUGCGCAUUCUCAAACAACGUGAUGGGUUUGGUUUAACUUCUGGUUGGCACUUAAUUCAAUUCUAUGUGGGUUGAAAAGAUUGACACUUAUUUGUGCCAUUUCGUGCAUUAUAGAUUUGAUAGACCUGAUCAUAGAGUAGGCUAACAGGGCACUUUCUAGCAUCAUAUUGGGUGGCUAAUGCUAUUCUUGGUUAAGUCCUGAAGAAGGGGAGGAAUCUUUAGCUGGUCAAUUAACGAAGUAACAGGCUCUUAUUGUGCCAUUCAGAAAAUGUUGCUCUUAAUGGAUUUUGUAUCAACCGAGGAAAUGGGCCGGGCCGAGAAGGACUGGACUGGAGUGGACAAAUCUCCCAAUUGAUUUCAGUACCAACAGAUACUUUAGUGUUGUUAUGAUCUGCACCACACACUCAUCUGUCACACUAAUAUCUGCUCAAUAAUGAAACUGUACAAUCAUCAAAGAUUCAAAAUGUGAAUCUCAACCACACACUGCAUGCCGACCUUAUCAGUUCGUAUGUUCAGCAGCAGCAAUCAACCACACACUUUGUGCUACUUUAUCUUCUUUAUUAACCGUUCAUUUGCAAGCCAUCCCAACAACCACUGAAAGCUUUGCAGUAAGUAAAAGAAAGGAUUCUGCAAAUUUGAUUCCCUUUAUAAAAUUCUACAGAAUAUGGAGACUGUUCUUUCCAAGCAUUCCCCUCCUUCGGGCUUCAAGGGUCUGAACAAGGAGGAGGAAGACUCAUUGCUUGGGCAAGUAGAAAUAUGGAAGUACAUGACAUGCUUCACUGACUCUGUGGCACUGAAAUGUGUUGUGCAGCUACGCAUAGCUGACAUACUAGACCGUUAUGGUAAACCACUAUCCUUGUCCAAAAUUGUUGAGAACAUUGAAGAUGCACCUACCCCAGAUAUCUCUCUGCUUCAGAGAGUCAUGAGAGUGAUGGUUCGUAGAAAGAUCUUCAGUGCAGAGCAAUCAGAGAGUGGAGAGACCCUAUAUGGCUUAACUCGUGCUUCAAAAUGGAUCCUACGUGACACAAAAAUGACCUUGGCCCCUAUGCUUCUGCUAGAGAAUCACCCUUUGCAUUUGAACCCAACUCACUAUAUUAGUGAUAUUAUCAGAGAAGGCACACAAAAUGGCACUGCUUUCUUUAGGUGCCAUGGCCAUGAGCAAUUUGAAAUGACAGGUUUGGACCCUGAAUACAAUAGUUUGUUCAAUGAAGGUAUGGUGUGCACGGCCAGGGUUGUGUCCAGGGCUGUUAUUUCAGGAUACAAAGAUGGGUUCAACCGGAUUCAAUCUUUGGUUGAUGUAGGAGGUGGUAUUGGAGGGUCACUCUCUGAGAUUGUCAGAGCCUACCCUCAUAUUAAAGCCAUUAACUUUGAUUUGCCUCAUGUGGUUGCCACAGCACCUAAUUUUGAUGGAAUCACCCAUGUUGGAGGAGACAUGUUUGUGUCUAUUCCUAAUGCUGAUGCUAUUUACAUGAAGUGGAUUCUGCAUGACUGGAGUGAUGAACACUGCAUCAAGAUUUUGAAGAAUUGUAGGAAGGCAAUACCAGAGAAGACUGGGAAGGUGAUAAUUGUGGAUCAUGUGUUGCAGCCUGAAGGGAAUGAACUAUUUACUGACAUUGGGAUUGCAUUUGACAUGAUGCUUCUUGCACAUAAUGCUGGUGGGAAAGAAAGGACUGAGGAGAAUUGGAAAUGGUUAUUUAAAGAAACUGGAUUCCCUCGUUAUAACAUCAUCAAGAUCAAUGCUUUGCCAUCAAUCAUUGAGGCAUUUCCAAUCUGAAGUAUUCACUAUGAUAGUGUUUUCUGUUAUUAUUAACAGCAAUAUGCUUCUUCAAUUUGUGUUCUGUGGCUUUCCAGGGCGUUAUAUAUAGCCCUGGCAGUACCCACUUUGGUGUCAUUAUUUGAAUAAAGAUGUUACCCACCCCCUAUAGCUAGGAUUUAUGGGCUAGUUUCCAUCAAGUCACAGAGCGAAGUGGUGUGUGUGUGUGUAUAUGUGUGUGAAGAAUCGAUUGCUGUUAAUGAAUUAGAAUGGGUGUGUGACCUUGCAUUCCUUUCUUUUGUCUC